AUGGCAAUGGCAGACUAUUCCCCAGAUCCGGAACGAGAUGCCAAGCCACGUCAAGAAUCGAGCAGCAGCACGCGAUCACAUUUCGACUCUUCAUCGGACUCUUCGGAAUCAAUUGAAACAUAUUCAGAGCGUACAUCACUACUGUAUGCACACGGUCCGGAUUAUAAGAGCACAGAAACGAACUCUGGUGAAGGAGAGUCGAGGUAUCGAGAUGAUGAUGACGAUGGAGGAGAAGUGGGUGACCAGCCGAAGGGAAAGAGUGUGUUCGCUAUCAUUGCAUUAUUGAUGAUUGGUGUGUUCAUGUCCAACGCAGACGGCAGUCUUGUCAUGGCAACUUACGGCACCAUCUCCUCCGAAUUUGGAGCAUUAGCAGAAGCUAGUUGGUUGACGACCAGUUAUUCGCUAGCUAGUUGUGCCGUCCAGCCCAUCACGGGCAAAUUGUGUGAUAUUUAUGGAAGGAAAAGUGUGUUGUUGGUUAGUUAUGUGCUGUUUGCCGUGGGGAGUGUGGUCUGCGGAAUCGGACAAUCAAUGUCGCAAGUCAUUUCCGGGAGAGUAAUAGCUGGUCUCGGAGCAGCAGGCAUGACGGUCAUCGUCUCCAUCUUGAUUACUGACCUCGUCCCCUUAAUCCAGGUCGCCUCGUGGCGAAGCUAUGUCAAUGUCGUCGCCACAAUCGGCCGAAGCAUAGGCGGUCCUCUGGGCGGUUUCCUAGCAGACACUGUCGGAUGGCGCUGGUCCUUCAUCGGACAAGGUCCAAUCAUCACCUUUGCUAUCAUUCUGAUCACUCUACGUCUCCCAUCUCACACCUCGCCAGCUGUUCGGCCUCCCGCACAAUCCAAAGCCAACACCCAAGGGCAACGCCAGCCUUCUAAACUCCACCGCGUAGAUUUUGUAGGAGCGCUUCUCCUCGCUUCAACGAUCGUGUCUCUGCUUGGGGCAUUAUCUCUUGGUGGUGAAGAACUACCAUGGAGUCAUCCCAUCGUGGUAGGGCUCGGAGCCGCUUCUGCUGUUUUGGGGGUACUGUUUGUGGUGUUCGAGGUGUAUGGUGCGCUGGAGCCAGUUUUUCCACCAAGUUUGAUCGUAAAGAGGGAUGUGGCGACGGCGUAUGGGAUUAUUCUUUUACAGGCAGCUGCGCAACUAGCUAUGAUGUUCUCCAUCCCCCUCUACUUUCGCACCACCCAAAACAGCAGCAACACCACCGCCGGCUCGCACCUCUUCCCAGCAGUCCUCGGCAACACCGCCGGCGGGCUCCUCUCCGGCCUCUACAUCUCCCGCACAGGACACUACAAAUCCCUCUCCCUACUCGCCGCGCUCUCCUCCUCGCUUUGCUACCUCAUUCUCAUCAUCCGCUGGAAGGGCGAGACGGGUUGGUGGGAGAGUUUAGAGAUUAUCCCUGGUGGAUUUGGAACGGGGAUUGCGUUUAGUGCGACGUUUAUUGGCUUGACGGCCGGGGUGGAGAAGAGUGAGAUGGCGGUUGCGACGAGUGGGUUGUAUUUGUGUAGUGGGUUGGGGAUGGUGGUUGGUGUGGCGGGGGCGAGUGCGGUGCAGGUUGCGAGUUUGAGGGCGUUGUUGGUGGAGGCGUUGAGGGGGGUGGAGGGGAAGGCUUCGGUUAGUACUCCUAUCUUCUCUCAUUUGCCCUUGUUCUUACCCAUUCCCUUAAAUUUCCUUCCGAGUAUCUUUCUUUCCUUCGCUGCAGGUGGUUUGCGCCCCGUCUUGAAAUUAUGUUGCUGA